UUUAAAGUGAGGAAUGAAAAAAUGUUCAACCAAACUACUGUAACAGAGUUUCAGCUCCUAGAGUUCUCUGAUGUUCGAGAAAUACAGAUUGCACAAUUCAUUGUGUUUCUGGUUUUUUAUUUGGCUGCAGUAGCAGGAAAUCUCCUCAUCAUCUCUGCUGUAGCUCUUGACCAUCGGCUUCACACUCCUAUGUACUUCUUCCUGAUGAACUUAGCCCUGACAGAUCUUGGAACAGUUUCUGUCACCAUACCCAAAUCCAUGGCAAAUUCCCUCAUGGGUAGUAGGUUGAUUUCUUAUUUUGGAUGUGUUUCUCAAGUUUAUUUCUUUCUCCUUUUUGCAGCAUCAGAUUAUACUCUUCUCACCAUCAUGGCACAUGACCGGUAUGUUGCCAUCUGCAAUCCACUACGAUAUGAGACAAUUAUGAACAAAGGAGCCUGCAUUGAGAUGGCAGCCAGUGCAUGGCUAAGUGGUUUUCUCUAUGCUGUUUUGCACACUAGUACCACCUUUGCCAUGACAUUCUGUUCCAAUAAUAUUGAGCAGUAUUUUUGUGAGCUCCCAAAGCUGCUGAAGAUCUCCUGCUCUAAUUUAUCACUACUUGAAAAUAUAUUUCUUGUUUUAAGUAUUAUGGCAGCAUUUGGCUGCUUUAUCUUUAUAGUUAUAACUUAUGUAAAGAUUUUCACUACCGUACUGAAAAUGCCCUCAUCACAAGGAAGAUGGAAAGCUUUUUCUACAUGCCUUCCCCAUCUCAUUGUUUUCUCCAUGCUCCUGUUCACUGGAACAUUUGUUUAUUUGAGACCCAUACCUCACAUCUCUUCAAAUAUGAAUAUGGUGUUCGGUGUCAUAUAUUCUGUGAUUCCACCUAUGAUGAAUCCAGUGGUUUACAGCAUGAGGAAUAAGGAGAUUAAGGCUGCCAUGACAAAGCUUUUAGGUCUGAAAUAG